AAAGAGGGGCGAUGGACGGAGGUCGAGAGUCGCGGGUUGGCUCACUCUGCGGCUCCCGCCGCUCGGGAGCAGACACGCGGGGCCAAAGACUAAUUUGAACCUAUUUUAUUAACAAAACAAUAACAUACAUAUUUGUAAAUAACACUAAAUAACACGAACUACACACGUCUCCUAAAAGUCUCUUACCUACUCUAAAGAAAAACUCUUAGACCUCUGCUAUUAAAAAAAAAAAAAGAAAAAGAAAAAGAAAACAUACGAACACGGAACGCGAACGACAAAGUAACUAUUUCCAGCCUUUUCAAGCAACGUUACGAAGCCUGUCAAAGCAACGAAAAAAGGAUACGUGAGGAUAAGCGAGGGUAAAGAGAAGAGAGGAAGAAAGUGUGCGAACGAUAGAGGAGAGGAUUGAAGACGGGUGAGGACGUAAAAAAGGAGGCGAAGGAGGAGGAAAACAAAAAGGAAGGAAGGAUAAAAAGGUGAUAAAAGGCGAUCGUAAACCGUUCCGGCCACGGGCGAAUCUCUUUUUAAGUUCUCUCUGUACUGUGUGUCCUUUACAUUAUUUUGUCCCUCCGAUAGGGACAGGUUCGGUGUUGUAACUUAGGAUAUAAGAAGAAUACGAGCUCCUGGAACGCACAAUUUAAAAAAAGAUAAAAAAAAAAGAAAGGAAAGAGGAGAGACAGAGGAAGGUUAAGAACGAAAAAGAGACAGUGAGAGUGUCCGUGAGAGAGAUUCGAGGAAAGUACGGUGGGGGUGAAUUUUCACGAAGAAUAGAAAGGAAAGGUUGAAGAGGUUACAGAGAACAAGGAGAUAAGGUUAGACGAAGAGGAGGAACGAAGGUUCGCGAGAGAGAGAGAGAGGAUCGUUUCGGGUUAUCUGUGUACAGAAUACAAUGGAGCUCCAGUUUUUUAUACUAAUACGAAGAAGCAUCGAAAACGUAUAAGAGGAGGAAGAGGAGAAACCUUAAGCUGAAGAGAGGGAGGAGGUUCGAUCUUGAACGUGGUACCAUUUUACACGCGUUCCCCACGUGUGUUGUCCAAACGUCACACUGAGAAACAUCCGGUAACGUGUCACCCUCUCUCCCUCCCAUCUUUCUCUCUUUCUCUUUCUCUCCCUCUUUCCAUCUAUCUCGCUCUCUGUGCGUGCGAAAUUCUAUCGCGAAUUUUCCAUUGUCUUCAACGUUUAAAAUCGAGGGUUGAACGUACGAAGGAACAACCUGGCUCGCGUACACGAUCCUUCGGGGGAUAUGUCCUGCCGUUCUAAGGGGAAUCACCACCCACGUGCACGAGGCUCACACAGAGGGCAACGUCAAGCGAGUCGUGUUUCCAUCCUAGAACCCGGCGGCAAGCUAUCCUGACAAAACGAGUGCCGUCGUCGUAGCUUGUCACGAUCGAGAAUCGGGAGCAACGAGCAUCACCGAGCCGCCAUAUCAGCCGCACACUCAUCGAAAUACACGAGGAGCCUGGGAAUGUCAGCCAGGGCACAGAAGCGGUCGCGUUUCGCGUACGUUCAAGGACGAUGACGAUCGGCCACGAUCGGUAAGAUCCAGGAAGCGGUCGCUCGAACGAGCGCCACGGAAAUGGCGGGCUACAAUCAUUCGAAUCCACAGCGCGUCGUGUACCACGCGACCUACCCGACGCCUCUCGCACCAAUCCGGACGUUUCCGUGAGAAAGAAAAGAGGGAAGGAGGGUGGAUGGGGAACGUUCCUUGGCUCCAUUUUUGCGGAACAAGUUGGUUACGUGUUCAAACACUUAGGAGGGUUAGCAUUGUGCACGUGAAAAGCGCAUUACUUUUAAAAGAGGUUUUUCUUGGCUCUCGCACACUCGAGCCGUGUUGCGAUCGAUAACCACUUCGAUCCGUUGUAUAUAAACACGGUUAAUGAUGCGUUAUGCAAACGCUCGAGCUUUCGUCGAAACAAAAGUACGGGGAUCCGAUCAAACUUCCGGAGAAUUUGGAGACCUUGCCGCGAGCCGAACACUUUCCAACCCAGAGGCAUCGAUGGAACACCAACGAGGAAAUCGCUGCCAUCCUGAUCAGUUUCCAAAGGCACGCGGAAUGGCAAAGUCGGGAGGUGAAGGUACGGCCCCGAAGUGGUUCGAUGUUACUGUACUCGAGAAAGAAAGUCCGUUACCGGCGAGACGGUUAUUGCUGGAAGAAACGAAAAGACGGCAAAACUACACGGGAGGAUCACAUGAAGCUGAAGGUACAGGGUGUCGAGUGCAUUUACGGCUGCUACGUGCACUCGGCUAUCCUCCCGACGUUUCAUCGCCGAUGUUACUGGCUACUACAGAAUCCAGACGUCGUGCUCGUUCAUUACUUAAACGUUCCUUAUCCGGACGGUGAUGCUAAGCUAGCGGCCCUGCCACCGUGUCUCGCACUACCGCCAGACAAGAAAGAGUGGACGCGAGACGAGCUGGCUUCACAGCUAAGGCCCAUGUUCCUCGGCGGAGAUGACGACCCGAACAAUCCUCAUCUCACGCAACACUCGAAUCAUCCCGUCGACAUGAUAGUUUCUCAGCUGUUGGACAGGCAGAGAGCAUCUUCCAAUACUUCAACCACCAGCACUCAGCUUGCACCUAGGAGACUAACACCGGACAAUCAGGUUACUUCGACUACCGGAGGUCAGCAAUCGUCAGCAACAGCCUCACCGGCUCCCCGCGUAUACUCGAGACAUUCCCACACGACUCAAAGCCAACAACCGGCUCCUCUAGUUUUAAGUUUGCAACAAAUCCAAGGCGGCGGCGGUCUUCUGAUACUCAACAGCCAACCGUAUCACCAUCAACAACAGCAGCAGCAACAGCAACAACAGCAACAGCAGCAGCAACAACAACAGCAGCAACAGCAACAGCAACAAAGCCAACAGGUGGAGAUGCAGCAGGUGACGGAGCAACAAAUCGUGCAGCAAACGAGCGUGGACAGAGAACAACAGACCCAACAGGAGAUCGAAGCUCAGGAAAGCAUGGAUCGUUCCACGGUACAGUCGUUACCGAUCGGUGGUACCGGUACCGAGGUGACAGAUUUCGCCGAGACCUUGGACCUGAGUCAAGAAGACAUCCAAAGAACCUUGUCCGCGAACAUGGUACCUCCGUCACCGUCGCCUUCCCCGGCAGACAACAGCAUGAUCAACCCGAUGGAUUUCAUCGAUUCCUCGGACGACGUUCUGGUCAAUUUGGACGCGUUCGACGUGUUCGGUGAUCUACCGGAACUUCAUGAUUUCGAGGCCGAACAGACUAAGGCCGAGGAGAGAGGCGGGUCUGAUAACGACGUGGGGUGUCAUCCUGGAACUACCGUCCAUAUUGCCGAAUAUAGUCCGGAGUGGAGUUACACCGAGGGAGGUGUAAAGGUGCUGGUCGCUGGUCCUUGGACCGGGGGUAGUAAUUCUCAAUCUUACUCGGUGUUGUUCGACGCCGAACCGGUCGAGGCGUGUCUGGUGCAACCAGGAGUAUUGCGUUGUCGUUGUCCAGCCCAUGCACCGGGGAUCGCGUCUCUUCAGGUGGCGUGCGAUGGUUUCGUUGUUUCCGAUAGCGUUGCUUUCGAGUAUCGCCGAGCACCGACGAGCGAACCGAGUCCAGAGAGAGCUUUGGUGGAUCGUUUAGCGGACGUGGAGUCGCGUUUGCAAGGACCUGGUCCUCCAUCACCCGCAGCUCAUCUGGAGGAACGAUUGGUCGCGUACUGUCAAGAUGCUGUUGUCCGUCCGUGGCGAGCCGGAGCGGAACCGUUACAAUCCGGUGGUCCAACCUUGUUACACUUGGCCGCCGGAUUGGGCUACUCCAGGUUAGCCUGCGCUCUUCUUCAUUGGAGAGCGGAAAAUCCUAGUAGCGUGUUAGACGCUGAAGUUGACGCACUGAGGCAGGAUAGCGCCGGUCUGACGCCACUCGCUUGGGCCUGUGCAGCGGGACACGCGGAUACUGCCAGGAUCCUUUAUAGAUGGAACGCGAUGGCGCUUCGCGUGAGGGAUUGUCAGAAUAGAAGCGCGACCGAGUUAGCGGCAGAGAACGGUCACACGGCGAUCGCGGAAGAAUUGAAUCGACUCGAAGCGAGAAGGCAAGACGAGAGGCUGUUUUUGCGACCCGCCAGCCCUAGUCCUAGGAGGCCAUCUCAAGACAGCGGUCUCGAUCUGGCGUUGUGUGGCUCACCGCUGCUGGACAACAUGGAAUUGUUGCAAGAGGAUGACUCGUCAUUAGCCCUCAGCGAGCAGGGAAUGGAGAGCGCUCCGACCCCUCAGGAGACUGUAGGGGAAGAAGACGCGAGGGUGCUGACAUUGGCUGAGCAAAUUAUAGCAGCGCUACCGGAAAGGAUCAAGAGAGCGGAAGGUGAUUCUCCGUCUUCUUCCUCGCCGCCUCCCACGGCACCGCCCUUGUCACCUUUAGAGGAUGCCCUGAUGGAACAGAUGCCGCUCGAUUCUGGAGAAUUGUUCGACUCGUAUCGUGAGUGCAGCGGAGGAGCGGCAUCAGUUUCGGAUGCUGACGCAGAUGCUAGUCCUUCGAGUCCGUCUAGCAGCUGCCUCACACCGGACUCGCCAUCUCCACCGCCGACCACAGCCGACUUCUGCGAAUUCUUACAGCUGCAGUUGCAGCUAGACAACAGUAACGGCCAUAACGGUCAAUACUAUUCGACGUCCGGUGGAGAUCGAAAGUUCGGUAACGUGAUCGGCUCUAGCAUUUGCGGGACAGGUGGAGGUAACGGAAACGGUGACGGGAACGAAGCGGAUCUUAGCAGGCUAACUCUGUCCGAUCGAGAGCAAAGAGAGCUUUAUCAUGCCGCUAGAAUGAUCCAGAAAGCCUACAGAAAUUACAAGGGACGUCAGAGGCAAGAGGAAGCCGAGAGACACGCUGCUGUACUCAUCCAACAAUAUUAUCGUCGACAUAAACAGUACGCUUAUUUUAGACAAGCUACGAAGGCUGCUCUGGUGAUACAAAGUAACUAUCGGAAUUAUCGUUCGCGUCCAAGCUCGGCUAGCUCGAGACAGCAGGCGGUUCAUCAACAGGCUGCUCAUCAGGCUGCCAGGAAGAUCCAACAGUUUAUGAGGCAGUCGAAAAUCAAGCUGCAGAACGCCAGGGCCGCCGCAAACGGGAACGGGAGGCCGCCAGCGGGCAUUUUACGGGCGGUUGCUGCCCCCCAAAGCUCGCCCUCAUCUAGCCCAGGGGCCAGCCUAGUAGCCGCCAACCAAGAGGUCACUUAAUUGACUGUCGAUCGAACGGCACGCAGAAUGGCGAUGUUACACCGGAAGCAAAGUAAUAAGAGCCUAGCCGUCCGGUAUAUAUAUGGUCGUCGUCAUUUGGUAUUUUCUCGACGAUCGGUAAAAGUUCGAUGGGAAAAUUGACGGCCACCAAGACGGACAAGCUUUGCUCUCUUAUUAUCCCUAAAUUAAUCGUGUACCUGCCUUUUUAAUCUAAACAAUCUUUCCACCUUUCGCAUCUUUGUCCCCUGCAGCUCGACUCAAGGUUCGUGCCUCGUCCCUGAUCUUAUAUAUUCUUUUCUUUAUCAAUUCGCUUCAAUUCUCUUCUAUUUACUAUUCUCAAACGCUGCCAUUAUUUAUUAUCACGUAUUACCUGCAUUUUUCUUUAUUUCCUCGGUCGACGCGAGGCUUAAGUGGUACCAGAGGUAGGUGGGUUUCAUUGUCCUCUCGGCACGCGUACACGCGCGCGUCUAACACUUAAUCGAGCAUAAUAGACGAAGCAUAAGUAUUUUUGAGAUCGAGUUGAUCGAAGCAUGUUCAGAGAAUGUCGGCAUCCGGCUUCAGGCAUCGAUUGUUCGAAUAAUUUUUACGACUGAGAGUACAAAGGAGGCUAUGUUUCUUUGCUGAUACCUUCUUUGAGAACGACUAUUUUAUACGUAUAUUUGCAUUGAUUUGGCACACUCUAUAGAUAGUUUUGUUUCUUUUUUAUUAUUAUUAUUAUUAUAGUUUUGGCACCUAGCCGUUCUCGAGGUCCAUUUUCCUUGUCGCGCGAUUUUUGUUUUCUUUGUUGCUUAUUUUUUUCUUUUUUUUACUUUAAAUAAUUUAAGUACAAGACUCGAUGUCGCGACGAAAGGAGAACAGUAUUGAUAAGACUUAUUGUUUUUUUCUUCUCUUUGUUCUAUGAUAUUGAUCGACGAUACUCUAAGUUUCGUUUAUAUUCGUAUAUAUUGAUUUGUCGGAGUGAGGAAACGCGUGUUAGUGUUAUUUUGCAAUUACGCGUUGUGUUAAUCAAAGACGCUUGAUUUGCUUUGCGUUUCUAACGAUUCACUUAAGUAUUAUAUUAAACGUUCGAAUCGUCGAAUGCUUUUCUUAUUUAAUUUUCACUGUCUUUUCACAGCUUUUACGCGAAAUCGAAUUUUGAAAUCAUUUUUCCUUAUUUAUAUUCUGUUAAAGUCGAGCAUGACACGAAUGUUCAAUUGCCAUGAUAAUAAUUAUACUGGCGGGUAUCUAUUGUACAGGUACGUUCAAUAGAUAUCCAUGCAGCGUAAUUCUAUUAGGUGGCAGCAAUGAUCUCUUCCUUGCACGAAACUUCUUUGUUGCUUAACAAAAGAAAGGCAAUACAAUUCAGGUCGAUGAAUAAGAAGCAUCUUAUUUUCGAGGAAAUCUGGUAUAUCUGAGCUCUAGAAGGAAACACGAGAGAGAGAGAGAGAGAGAAAGAGAGAUACAGAGCGCGAGAGAGGGAGAGAGUAAGAAAGUGUGGACGAGUGAGAAAGUGUGAACGAAAAGUCUGCUAGAGAAACAGAGAAUGAUUACUAGGGACAGUUUAAACGAGAAAAAAAGUAAAAGUAUAAACCAAAUAAAAAAGAAAAUCUACAAAAAAAAAAGAAAUUAAAAGAGCCCUUUCUCCAUUUUAACGGGAGGGCACUUUCAUCCACGGGCUGUGCUUAAAGUCACAGUAUAAUCAACUUCGUAGAGUUUACAUAAUAGGGUAAGAGAUAGUCGAUUACAUUGUUACAAAACUACCUACCGUUUCUCUCUCCAGUAGGGGAUUUUUUUAAAAGGUUCUUUAGAUAAUGAAAGAAGGGAAUAAAUGAUUAAAAAAAAAAAAAAAUGAUGAUGAUGAUGAUGAUGAGGUAAAUUAAGGCGUAGCGAGGCGGAAUUAUGCACACGGGGGCACAGCCGUGGUACCCGCGUUCAGAUUGAUUUAAGAAGACAAAAAUCUAUUGUGAUAAAAUUUAAUGGUGAUCGAAGAAAGUAUUUCCGCAGAAAAUACUAAAACAAAAAAUAUACAGGUUACAAGUGAAAACAGAGAAACUAAAUCGGUUCCCUGUCGCCGAGACGGGGAACAGACAGACAGACAGACAAAAAGUAAUGAAAAUUCCAGUUAUGGUGAGUCGAGAUAAUUAUACGCCGUCAGAUCUGUCGGAUAGAAUGGACCGAUCGAUGAUCCUCGUUUUUUCGAUAAUUAAAAAAUAGAAAAAAGUUACAAAAAAAUGAAAAAGGGAAAUUCCUGUGUUGAUCCUCCGGUGAUUUGAAGACGAGCUACGAGGUUUUUGGUAGCGUGGUUUAAAUAAAAUUAUGCGGAUCGCGUAACGGAACGAGAAGAUAAAAAGAUUCUAGGUAAAUUGUACACACACGAGUCAAUUCCAACGAGCAUUUUCAUGCCAUUAAGCUUAAAGAAUUAUUAGUUGAUAAUGAAUACAAAGAAGAGAUAAAAAAAAUGAGAACGGGAAUGCUGAUGAGUUGGGAAGGAUGCGAAUGGAAGAAGAGCGAAGAAAGAGAUAACAAAUUCUUACACUCUUUUAAUCAUUGUUAAUUAAUUAAUUAAUCACGAUCCUAUCGAUACUUAAAAUGAGACGAGUAAAAUAAUAAUGGUAAUUAUUAUUAUAUACACAAAACUAUUAUUAUAUUCAUAUUUUUGCUUAUUACAUACUUAAGAAAACCUAUUAAACGAGGGCUAGCGAGUAUAGUACAUUAACAAACAAAAGAAAAAUACAAAAAAAAAGAAGAUGAAUGAGAAGGGGGAAAACGAGGCCGAUGACGAAAGGAAAUCUCACCCUUAGGAAUCGUUGUUUUUUCUUUUUCUAGUCUUUAGCGUCGGGCUUGUGCAACUUUGUGCGUGGCAAUCAAAUUUUUGAAAUUUUACGCGCAAAGAAUGACUUUCAGACAAACAGAACGAUAGAAGGAAAUUAUAGGUCCGUUACACGCCGAAUUGAAUCGGUUUUUUUCCAGGGUUUUUGAGACAAUGGCCCGAUCUCUAAAACACGAGCGGUUACGUCGCUUUUCCAAAAUUCGAGGACAAGUGUAUCAGAAAAAAAAAAUAUUAAGCACACGGUAUUUUUCAGUCGCGAUAAGGGUUGGUUCCCCAGAUGGAAAAGUCGACGACCGUGGUGGAAAUAUUUCAGAAUUCCCCGUUAAUACUCUAGAAUCGCAUUAAUUACCACGUACACCGAAAUUAUCGAGGGUAUGAAGAAGGCGAUGAACAAACCGAGAAAAAGGAAAAAAAUACUUGAAAAAAUGCAUAAAAAAUACUUAUUAAUUAAAAGACAUCGCUAGGGUAGGCGCUUCGAGGAUACAUAAACUUUAAAAGUCACACUUAAUGCAAAUUAUUCUCAAAAUAUAACAACAAAAAAAAAAAGUUUAAUAAGUAAAGAAAUUUUUAAAUCUACGUAAGAAAGCCAAGAGUCAAAGACGACUAGAUGAUAGGAGCCGCAUGGCCUAACUGCUGCCACUUUAAUUAAUUAAUUAAAUAAUUAAUUAUAACUUUAUUACUACUUAAUUAAACUCGAUACAGAUGAGAAAACAAAUAUGUCAUGCCACUUUUCAAACUAAACUUUCUAGAUGCAGAGACGAAUCAGUAGGUAUAGAGGAAACUAUUCAAUGAAAACUUCUCUUCUAAUUGGGAAUGAUUGAUUCGCGCUAUAGAUUCGAAUAUUUCCAAUUGUCCAAGUCUCCAAGAUGAUUCGCACGAGAUAUAUACGCGUGUAAGAUGUCUCGUUAUAAAUCAACACGAUUCUCUACAAUCUCUCUAUUGUAUAAAGAGAAUUCAAUUUUUACAAUAUCAUUCCAUAAACGAAUAACAGAAAAGAAAUAGAAAAAUUUUAUCGGAUAAAAAAAUUCCAAAUAAUCUGUCUACGUAUGUCUUGCUUUCUCCUCAUGAUAACGGUCGUGUUUCGAGAUCGUGUUGAUGUAUCACGAGGUAUCCCGUAGGACAUUUGUAUCACGAUGUCGAAAAGGUCGAAACGAUCGGAUAUCGGUGCCUAGCUCAUGUUCUACACACUGUUCCUUGAUUAAAGACGACGGUCACUUUGUACCUGCUUGCUGCCUGCCUGGCCCGUGCGAUACAUAAACAUAUUUCUAGUCUUAUCGAGGUAUCAAACGCUCUGUAUUAUUACUCGAUAAUAACGUCCAAGCAUGUCGCGUACUUUCGUUGUGAUAAAUCCGAAUGGCGUGGUGUCCCGACGUCUCGCGUCGUCUAAAUGCGAUUUUUCUACACGAUAUCGAGGAAACGUAACGCCGAUUAAUUCAUUUGUUAAAUCCCAUUCGAUUUCGCGAAGAGCGACUAUCCCGGAAGGUUGAUGGUUUCGACAGCUGUUUCGACAUCUACAUCCAGCCGACGUUAUUCGCGUUCGAACAUUCACCGAAACAAAAAAACAAGUCAAUUUUCCCUUUGGACGUAACAGCAUCGACGUUAAAUUAAAAAAGAAUGAAAAGAAUUUCGUAGGAAGAGGGAAGUAUUUUCAAAGGGAAUUUCGUCUAUUUUCACGUGAAUUUUCGAACGAUGGCGGCAAUAAUUAAAACAGAUUCGUGCUACUUUUAGUGGAAACGAAUAAUGGUAAUAAAGGCUCCAUCUCUUGUAAUAUUUUUAUUAUCGCAAACGUAAUAUUACAUUAUUAAAUUAUAUUAAAUAAAGGAUUA